AUGGGUGGCCAAAGUCGAGAAGGCGGAAAAGUCAAGCCUCUUAAGGCCCCCAAAAAAGAAAAGAAGGAUCUCGAUGAAGACGAAUUAGCCUUCAAGGCCAAGCAAGCAGCGGAUGCCAAAGCCCGGAAAGAAAUGGCCGACAAGGCAAAAGGCAAGGGACCUUUAAACGCUGGUCAGCAAGGGAUCAAGAAGAGUGGAAAGAAAUAA